CUGCACGUGCACAACUCACAAUUCUGGUGAUAGCAAUGAAUCACACAGCGAUCAAGAUCCACAUUGACACUAUCCGUUGUGUUGAAAGUGUUCUAACGAGCAAAGUAGCAACGAAGUCAAGAAGCAGAUCUCUCGAGCAAGGAGUAGUGAUAUACAGGCGAUCAAAGUCUCCAGCUGUAGACGCCGCUAUCGCGGGGAGUUCGAAUACAUAGGGUCUGUCCAGCUAAUUGUUGCGAAACGAGACGAGACGCAUCACCAACGAUCGCACGCACCAUCAUGCAAAGCAACAGACACUUAUUUCAAUUACCACCACCAACAACCAACAUCCACCACCACCAUCAUCAUCAACAAAUUUGAGUCUGUCUUUGUCUUCCCAAACCACCAACAAGCACCAACACGCACCACAAACCACCAACAAGCAACACAAACCACCAACAAGCACCACCACCAUCAAUCGUCAACAAGUUUGAGUCUCUGUUUGUCGCUCCAACGCUAGUAGUUUGUUCUUCGUCCAAACACUACCAGAAGCACAACCAUCCCGUCACUGCAAAAGUGAUCACCAUCAACAUCGGCAUCAAGCGUUUUUUGUGCAGUUAUCAAUAUCCACAACCGAGACCCGUGUGAGUACUUAUCUUAAAAAGCGUGAAGUCGGAUCCGCUUGUUUUACCUCACGCACCAACGGGAUCGAUGAAAAGCAAGAUCCGCGCCCAUUCCAGAUCCGCACCAUAAUUUUCAGGUUCUUUCGCUAGGUGUGGUCGUUCCUUAGCGUCGUGUAAUAGUUCAUCAAAGUGAAAAGUCUCGACGGAGCCAGUGUUUCUGUCGGGCCAGUGAUGCAAAACAGGUUUGCGCCAGCAGGAACAGAUUGUCAACAGGAGCGGGCGAAGCCGGAGAACGCAGGGAGUGUGCGAGCGCGCCGCGACAUUGAAGCGACACGAUCAGCUGUCUUCAAGACGUGACCCAAUGAAAUAAUUCAGGCAGCAGGGCGGUUGUUGUUCUUGUUGUUAGCCGGUAACAACAACAAGUUCCUCUGGCGAUGUGGAGCUUUAUUCGUUGUCGGCUAUAAAACACCAGGUGACGUCGACACCGCACGUUCGGUAUGCAGGUGCAGCACACUGUGUAGUACACGAUCGACGAUAGAAGCUGACUGUGUCGUAACUCAGGAAUAUUGUAGUAAGUCACGUUCUUACUGCUUUCACUUCAAGAGCCCAUUCCGAGCCAAGGGGGACGAAGCACCGAAUUUCUGUUCGAGCACUCUCAGGAACUGUACGACUGCCGGAGCCUUUGCUUCGCAUCGGUGUGGUAAAUACAGAAUUUCAGGAUCAUCUUCUUCCGUCUCAGGAAUCAGUAACGAGCGUUGGGCUGCAUCUGCACGUCCUUCAGGGUCUUUCUUGCCAUUUUCGCAAGAAAGAACCAACGCAAGAAUCAUGCCGGCGGCGUCCGGCCACCAGCCCAUCGACCUGACGCGGUCGCAGGAAACCAUUGCGCUGCAGAAUGCGCAUCUGUUGUUGUCCUACCACUACCAGGACGACGUGAGCAAGGUGCUGGCUUCCAACGGGAUGAUUCAGGACCGCAUCGAGAAGCUCGCCAUGGACAUCAGAAACCAGUACAACCCCGACGAGGAGCUGCAUCUCAUGUGCGUUUUGAAGGGAAGUCGGGGCUUCUUUACCACCCUGCUGAAGUACCUGACUCGCAUGGCAUGCUACUCGAGCAGCUCGCAGGCACCCUUUCUCGAACACUACGCCAGGAUUUUGCAGCCCGGGGCCGAGGGCAGUAAAAGCGAGUCCGAGGUACUGUCUAGUCGGUUCGAAAAUUUCUGCACGGUGUGUUUGAUGUGUUUGUCGGUGUCAAUAGUAUAAGGUCAGAUUUGUGCAGCAGAAUUUGAAUUUCAUACCAGCGUGUGUCUAGUUUGCUUUCGGUUUCGCUCCUGCUAGGUUGACUUUUCACUAAUGUAUGAAUGCAAGUGGAAGUAGAGUAGGUGCUUGCUUUGCGAUAUCAAUCGUGAACUGCGCGAAAAGACGAUGCUCUUCCUCGAAUUUCAGGUUAUCGCGCGACUGGGCGACAACCACUCGCACGAGAUCACGAUUGUGUCGGAGAACCUGGCAUGCGUUCGGGACAAGCAUGUGCUAGUGUGCGAGGAUUUGAUAAACACCGGAAAGACCGUAUCCUGAGUAAAAAUGUCCCCGCCCCAGAGUUGUCAUGCAGAUUUGCGAUGACAGGAAGACUUGUAAUGCGCAUCUCCAUGGGAGGCAUUACCAGUCGUGUUUUUAAAUUUGUAAUGCUGCAAACAGGAUAAGAAGAUGGAUUUGUGAUGCGGUUUUCCUUGCUAACAUGCACUACACUACGGACUGCAACUUGUCCUGCGUGGCUCCCAAAACUUCUGGAUUUGUGUUGCUAAGUCCCCAACUUGACUCUGGUGUGGGGACGUUUUUCCUCAGGAUAGACCCUGGCUCUGUUCUGCGCCAAGCUGCGCGAGUACGGACCGAAGUCACUGCGGAUUGCCACGCUGCUGGAAAAGCGUCAGUCCAGCGACGUGCCGCUCAAGGCGGACUUUUGCGGUUUCACGCUGCCCAGCACCGAGUUUGUGGUCGGGUAUUCGCUCGACCACCAGGAAAAGUAUCGGGAUCUGACGCACCUGUGUGCGCUCAAACCUCAGGUGGUGCUGAAGACGUGAGAGGAGGAAAUGUUGCACGUCGCAAAUAUCCGCUCUGGGGCUGGAGGACCGCGAACAGAAGGGUUAAAGUAAUGCGAGUGCAUCACGACAAUCACUCUGUUUAGUGUUUCUGUUUUCCGUCUGGGGCGGCCUUACUCCGGUUCCUUACCUCUCCGGCAGCCGCGAGCCAGUGCAGUUUGUGUAGAAGCUGCAAACACAGGACAUUUCGACAAGAGUAAGAGAGCAUGUCGUGUCAUGCCUUCUGCGGAAUGUCAUUAUGCACUAACCAAGAACAAAGAGAAGACUUCUCCUUCUGUUCAUAUUGAUAAUUCAGUGGAGUACAAGUAGCUUGCCUU